UUUUGAUCGGCCCUUGUAGAUGUAAUUUUACAUUUAGAUCCCAAAUAUCACCUCAGUUUGACUGAAUUUUUAAUUUUUAAUGACGUAAGGUCAAGAUUAUUUCUACUCGCAUCUAGUCUAUUGAACAUGCAUGUACACGUAUCUUUGAUAUCAGUAAGCAGUGAUAGUCACUUUUAUCUGUGUUAUCUGGAAAUGUAUUAAAUGCUUUAUUAUUCACAUGCUGUGGUUCAAAGGUAUAAAUUCAUAUAUACGAUAUAUUAAAUUGUGUUAAUAUCAAUAUAUAAAAGGACAUUCACUACUAGGUUCCAGGAGAAAAAAGUCAAUGAUUUCAUUUGCCAAAUGGUGAAACUAACAACAAGUAGGUAAUUGGGCUUUCAUAUGAGAUGAAUAGGUUGGCCUAGUCAAGUAAUGCAAGUCAGGGGGAGGGGAGAAAGAGAGUUUGAGUAAAUGAACAUUGUAAAAGAGUAUACAUCAUUCUAGUAGUAGAAUUUUGUAGCUUUUUAGGGCUGUUGUGCAAGAGUGAGGAUCAGCUCUUGCCUGGGAUGGCAUACAAAUCAAGUGAACAAUCUUUAUUUUUCCAGAUUAUUUUCUCAGCUAGGAGGCCAGAAAAAGAAGAUGUUUGCAUAGACUUGAACGAAGAAAUGAACCACAGAUAUUUUUAACAUUGAUUGUGAAGAAACAGUCAUACCUGACUUUGUAAACAGAAAUAAGUUUACUUGGAAAAUGAAUAUCAUAAGGCUGGUUUAUUAACAUUGGAAUAAUCAUAAACAUUAUGGAGGGAGAUAAUUUGUUAAGUGACGCUGCACAUAUAGCUGAUGGUGAAACAAAUGCGAUGUCAGAUCAUACCCAGAAGUCAGCCACUGAUUGCAAAAAGGUGCAUAAAUGUGACAUUUGCUUAAAAUUAUUUAAGUUGAAAUCUCAGCUUAAAGUCCACUAUAGAAUUCACAUGGAUGAAAGGAAUUUUAAGUGUGAUGUUUGUUUUAAAUCUUUUUUGCAAAAGUCUCACCUUGAAGUUCAUUCUGAAAUUCAUAUGGCCAAAAAGAACUUUAAGUGUAAUGUCUGCUCAAAAUUAUUUCGACAAAAAUGGAAUCUUAAAAUCCAUCUUAGAUUCCAUACUGGAGAAAAAAAUUUCAAGUGUGAUAUUUGCUUGAGAGCAUUUGCCAUGAAUGCUGCACUUAAAAGGCAUCAACUCAUCCAUACAGGAGAAAGAAAUUUCAAGUGUGAUAUUUGCACCAAGACAUUUGCCUCCAAAUCUGAAGUAACUCUGCAUAGUAAAAUCCAUACUGGUGAGAAAAACUACAAAUGUGAUAUGUGCUGUAAAAAUUUCACACACAAGUCUUCUCUUGUAGUACACAUGAGAAUCCAUACAGGAGAAAGAAAUUACACAUGUAAUGUUUGUUUAAAAGCAUUUAAGACCUUAUCUUAUCUUAAAGAGCACAAUAGAGUUCAUACAGGGGAGAAACAUUUCAAAUGUGAUAUUUGUUCAAAAACGUUUGCUCACAAAUCAUCUCUUGCUAUUCAUUAUAAAAUCCAUACUGGAGACAGGAAAUUCAAGUGCGAAGUUUGCCCAAAAACAUUCACUCGAAAACGAAAUCUUGAGGACCAUUAUAUAAUUCAUACUGGAGAAAAAAAAUUCAAAUGUGAUGUCUGCUCUAAAGUAUUCUUAAGAAAGUAUGCACUUGCACGUCACAGUCGUAUCCAUACAGGGGAAAGGAACUUGAAAUGUGAUGUUUGCUCUAAUACAUUUAUCACUAAAUCACAUCUAGAAACACAUGCUAAGAUCCAUACUGGGGAAAGGAACUACAAAUGUGAUGUUUGUUCUAAAACCUUUAUUACGAAGUCGCAUCUAGAAACACAUGCUAAAAUCCAUACUGGAGAAGGCAAGUUGAAAUGUAAUGUUUGUUCUAAAACAUUUAGCACAAAAUCAUCUCUGAAAAGACAUGUUAAAAUCCAUACUGGAGAAAGGAACUUCAAAUGUGAUGUUUGUUCUAAAACAUUUAUCACUCGAUCCGAUCUGAAAAUACAUAUUAAAAUCCAUACUGGAGAAAGGAACUACAAAUGUGAUGUUUGUUCUAAAUCAUUUAUAACUAAGACACAUCUAAAAAUACAUGCUAAUAUCCAUACUGGAGAAUUUAGAUGUAAUGUUUGUUCUAAAACUUUUUGCACUAAAUCACAUCUUAAAAUGCAUGUCAAAAUCCAUACUGGAGAAAGGAACUUCAAAUGUGAUAUUUGUUCUAAAGCAUUUAUCACUCAAUCUGAUCUGAAAAAACAUGUUAAAAUCCAUACUGGAGAAAGGAAAUCGAAAUGUUAUGUUUGUUCUAUAACAUUUAGUUCUCAAUCUGAUCGGAAAAUACAUGUUCAAAUCCAUUCUGUAGAAAGGAACUUCAAAUGUGAUGUUUGUUCUAAAACAUUUAUUACUAAAUCACAUCUGAAAAUGCAUGUUAAAAUCCAUACUGGAGAAAGGAACUUCAAAUGUGACGUUUGUAUUAAAACAUUUGUCACUCGAUCUGAUCUGAAAAGACAUGUUAAAAUACAUACUGGAGAAAGGAACUUCAAAUGUGAUGUUUGUUCUAAAACAUUUAUCACUAAGUCAAAUCUGAAAAUGCAUGUUAAAAACCAUACUGGAGAAAGGAACUUCAAAUGUGAUGAUUGUUCUAAAACAUUUAUCACUAAAUCCAGUCUGAAAAAACAUAUUAAAAUCCAUACUAGAGAAGAGAACUUCAAAUGUGAUGUUUGUUCUAAUGCAUUUGCCACUAAAUCCAGCUUGAAAAUGCAUGUUAAAAUUCAUACUGGAGAAAGAAAUUUCAAAUGUGAUGUUUGUUCUAAAACAUUUAUCACUAAGUUCCAUCUGAAAAGACAUGUUAAAAUCCAUACCGGAGAAAGGAACUUCAAAUGUGACGUUUGUUCUAAAACAUAUAUCACUAAUUCUGAUUUGAAAACCCAUGUUAAAGUCCAUACUGGAGAAAGGAACUUCAAAUGUGAUAUAUGUUCUAAAAGAUUUAUCACCCAAUCUGAACUGAAUAGACAUAUUAAAUUUCAUUCUGGAGAAAGGAACUUUAAAUGUGCUGUGUGUUCUAAGGCAUUUGUCACUAAAUCGGUUCUGAAACUACAUCUUAAAAUUCAUACCUGAGAACGAAACUUGAAAUGUGAUUUGUUCUCAAACAUAUAUGUUGUUCCCAUCAGAAAAUACAUGUUAAAUUCCAUACUGGAGAAAGGAACUUGAAAUGUAAUAGUUGUUCUAAAACAUUUAUUACUAAAACCAAUCUUAGUACAAAUGUUAAAAUCCAUACUGGAGAAAGACACUUCAAAUGUGAUGUUUGUUCUGAAGCUUUUAUCACCAAAUCCCACCUGAAAAGACAAGUUUAAGUUCAUUAUAUUCAGAUGUGAUGUUUGCUUUAAAUCAUUUUCACUUGACUAGUGACCUUAACUUUAGACUAAUAAAAUUUUGUGGAUUAUUAUUUGAAAUUACCCCAGCCACAAUGCAUGGAAGUUUGUAUAUACUGAUAAUAACCUUGAAGUUAUUCAUGUAAAAUAGAUAUAGGAGAAUAUUAUUUUUUCUGCUUUUGUCAUGAUUUAGUCAUGCCAUGUCAUGCCUAUUUUCUGAAAUAUAUCAGCCUAUUUUCUGAAACAUAUCAGCCUAUUUUCUGAAACAUAUCAGCUUUUUUUCUGAAACAUAUCUGCCUUUUCUCCAAAACAUAUCAGCCUAUUUUCUGAAACAUAUCAGCCAAUUUUCUGAAACAUAUCAGCCAAUUUUCUGAAACAUAUUAGCCUAUUUUCUGAAACAUAUCGUACACUUGUUUAUUUCAGAAUAGUUCUUUUCAUGUUAUUUAGAAAAAAUAUUAAAACCAGUAAGACAUUUUCAAGUCAUGUUAUAUUUUUUGAUAUAGUGGUCAUUGUUCAAGAACAGCACUAGACAAACUGUAAAUGUUAUUUCAGGCCUCUGAAAAUGUGACUGAAAAUAAGUCCACAGACUCAAUUACGCAUCGUUUACUCAUUAAUAAUUUUUUACUAAUAAGCAUUAAUAAUAAUGUAAGUAACUAAAAGAGUAAUUUAACACAUUUUUGUGCAUUUAGAUUAGUUUUGUUAAUAUGUGUAAAUAAAAUAAUAUAUAAAAUGUAAAAACUAAUAGAGUAAUUUAACACAUUUUUGUGCAUUUUUAUUAGUUUUGUUAAUAUGAGUAAAUAAAAUAAUAUAUAAAAAAUGUUUGUUUUUGGCUAUAAUUUUUUGUUAAAAAAUUAUCUUUGGUAGCUCCAAUACAAAUGGAGGGAUUUGGUU